AUGCCAUUCUGUAACUUUCUCUCUGUGUUUUCUCCUUCGUCCAAAAAGGUCCGUAAGCUGACCAAGGCUCAGAAGGCAAAGCUGCAACAAGAAGAGGAGGAGAGGAGGCUGCGAGAGGAAGAGGAAGCCCAGCUGCAGGCAGAAAGAGAAGAACAGGAGAGACUGGAAAGAGAGAGAAAGGAGAAGGAGGUAGAAAGGCUAGAGCUAAAGGACCGAGAGCGCAGAGAGGAUGAGCUGAACGAACUGCGCCAUCUACUGGAGAAGAAUCAUACUGCAGUAACCAAAUGGAAAACUGAUGCUGUGGAAACAGCAAAGUGGGACAGAUACAUGCGCUGUGACGGUGCUCCAGACCCGGCAGUGCGGCAGGAUAUUAACACGUUUAUCAGCUUGUGGAGAGACGAUCCAGAGGUGAACAUCACAGCUGUGCUCAAGCAGUGUAACCUCGCUCUGCAGCUGGUUGAGGAGCUGGAAGUUCUGCUCAGAGAUGCUACGGAUCCACAAGAGAACCAGACGUACCAGGAGGCUGUCACAAAUUUGCAGGAGCUAAUCCACUCUAAACACAACCUCACCACUGAGGAGAUUCUGAAGAUAGCCGGCGCCAACAUCGACACGGAGACAGGCAACAUGCAGACGGUGAUCAGAGACGACAAGGUUACUCUGUGUCUCUGGGCCAACAUGAAGAAGAAUCCCAGGUUCAAAGGUCUAACAUUCGAGGAGGUGGGUCUCGGCUUCGAGAUUCCCAAGCAGCUGGCUGUGAGCGACGUCGCUGUUCGGAUCCUCCACACGCACCACGACCACCUGUCCAUGCUGGCCAGGAUGACUCACCUGAGAACACAUACAGCCAGCCGCAGGUCUUCUUUCCUACUACUGUUUACAUUCUUACUGUUUAUGUUACAGAGUGCUAUCAGUCUGAAGUCGAGGAAAAGCAGUCCAGCACCUGAUGAAGGACGAGAAAGCCACGUACAGACGCAGAUGGAGGCACUUGGAGCUGAAGGCAACCUGAUUUGCCCCUCAGUGCCGCUCACUCAGAUGAACCAGGCCGUCCAGGUGGUAGAUUUGAUGCAGUUCACGCCUCUCGGUGGCGUCUUCUACUACGACGUGUUUCUCCUCCCGCCUCAGGCUCACCAGGUCAACGGCUGGGAAAUCCGACAGCUGCUGGACACAGGGCUGCAGAUGUUCCACUACCCCACGGAGAAGUCCGACUUAGGCAGCACUGACGCCCUCUCCUGCCCUCCUGUUGGGGCGUCUGUGACACUUCCACACUGUGUUGUGUUCCUUGGAACUCCUCAAGUGGCUCGCUGGGAUGCUGCAGGUAAGCAGUGGAGGAUGGACGGCAUCACCGAUGUUUCUUAUGAGGAAGCUGAAGCAAAAAUCUCCUUCAAGAUGGACUCCUUCCAGGCCUUUGUGCUGAUGCAGGAAACCUACAUCAACCUUCCCUUCCAGAGCUGGGAGCUGCGGCCGCUGGGCCAAGACUCGGCCAUCUUCACUGUCAGAGGGGCUUUAAUCGAGCUCAGCAUCACUGUUCAGGAUAAUCAGUGUAUGUUGCAGUCGGAGCCAGACCGAGGCCUCUCUCACUUCACGGGGAAGUGGAUGAGCGUUUCAGAGCUGCAGAAAGCCAUGAUCAGCGCCGGGGUCAACGUCUUCGUUAAUGAGUACACAGACAAAUACGUCAGCACCUGCGGCAAGGACCCUCUGACAGAACACGCUGCCUACGAACAGAUGGCCCUCUUCGCCUCUGCCUGCGCUUUCUCCUGGAGCAAGUGGAAUUCUAAAUGUGGAGCCGAGCAUCUGGUCAUGCAGGUGUGCGAGCACCUCGACUCCGCCCCCGUGCCCGAAGGUUGCUGGAGUCUUUACCUGCUGGGCGCUCAGAGGAACCAAAAGCUGGAGAUCACGGAGGAGAGUGAAGCGUUCUCUCCAGACCAUCAUCCAGGCAGCGAGUUCAACUCCACCUUCAUCCACAUGCUGCAGGACAGCAUGAGCCCCGACGGCAUCGCUCGGACCAGAACAUCCCAUCAUCUGUUCGUGGACGCGGUGCAGAGCCUGCUGUGUGCCACCAGACCCCUCAUGUACUCACAAUAACAAUCUAAAAAUGCAAUUAGAACAGAUGCAAAGACAUUUUAAACACCUGCAUUCAGAAUCACAUCACAUACGCCUUGUAUUGUAGAAUUGGCUACUUUAUUUGUGCAAAGAUCCACGCAUCUUCUUUGGGACAUACAAAAGUGUAUGAAGUUGAACGGUGACAACCACAGCAAGAACUUGUAGAGGAAAACAAUAAUAAUAAUAA